CCAUUCAUUGAUACCUGAGCCAAAGCGGUGAUGCUGCCGGAAGGACAUUUCUGCAACCCAUAAGUCAACAGUUACACGAUUGUGAGCCAUGCCUUUGGUGAAGAGGAACAUUGAACCCCGGCACUUGUGCGGGGGAGCCCUGCCGGAAGGGAUUACCAGUGAACUUGAAUGUGUCACCAACAGCACUCUUGCUGCUAUCAUACGUCAGCUGAGCAGUCUAAGCAAACAUGCUGAAGACAUAUUUGGUGAGCUGUUUAAUGAGGCUAACAACUUCUACAUCAGAGCAAAUUCUCUUCAAGACAGAAUUGAUCGUCUUGCUGUCAAAGUUACACAGCUGGAUUCAACAGUGGAAGAGGUGUCACUGCAGGAUAUCAACAUGAAAAAGGCUUUCAAAAGUUCCACAGUCCAAGACCAGCAGGUGGUUUCAAAGAACAGCAUCCCUAAUCCCGUUGCUGACAUUUACAACCAGAGCGAUAAGCCGCCUCCUCUGAACAUCCUCACACCGUACAGAGAUGAUAAAAAGGAUGGACUGAAGUUCUAUACAGAUCCUUCCUAUUUCUUUGACCUCUGGAAAGAGAAAAUGCUACAGGACACAGAAGACAAAAGGAAGGAGAAAAGGCGUCAAAAGGAGCAAAAGCGUAUAGAUGGCACAGCGCGCGAGGUGAAAAAGGUUAGGAAAGCCAGAAACAGGCGCCAGGAGUGGAGUAUGAUGGCUUAUGACAAGGAGCUGAGACCUGACAACAGGCUGUCUCAGAGUGUGUACCACGGAGCAUCUUCGGAGGGGUCCCUGUCCCCAGGCACUAGGUCGCACGCGUCGGAUGUCACCGAUUACUCCUACCCGGCGACCCCCAACCACUCUCUGCACCCGCAGCCCGUGACCCCUUCGUACGCAGCCGGCGACGCGCCCCCGCACGGGCCAGCAGCCCCGGCCCCCGAGCAUGAGUACCGCCCCCCGUCCGCCUCGGCCCGGCACCUGGCGCUGAACAGACCCCAGCAGCCGCCGCCGCCGCCCCCGCCGCAGGCCCCGGAGGCGUCCCAGGCCGCCGUCCCCUCGGCGCCAGCCGACUACGGGAUGCUCCCAGCACAGAUCAUUGAAUAUUACAACCCCUCAGGACCGCCGCCGCCUCCGCCGCCCCCCAUGAUUCCUUCAGCACAAACUGCUUUCGUCAGUCCUCUCCAGAUCCCCAUGCAGCCCCCCUUCCCCGCCUCCGCGGGCUCCUCCUACGCAGCCCCUCCUCACCCUCCCGCUGCCGGGCUGGUGGUCACGGCCCCGCCGCCCCCGGGCCCCCCGCCGCCCCCGCCAGGCCCACCUGGCGCAGGCUCGUCUCGCUCUUCCUCCCCGAUGCACGGCCCCCCGGCAGGUGAGGCCAAGCGCCAGGAGACGGCACAGCCACCCAUAAGCGAUGCCCGAAGUGAUCUUCUUGCUGCCAUUCGCAUGGGGAUCCAGUUGAAGAAGGUGCAAGAACAGCGGGAACAAGAGGCCAAGCGCGAGCCCGUUGGGAACGACGUGGCCACCAUCCUGUCGCGACGCAUCGCUGUGGAGUACAGCGACUCUGAUGACGACUCCGAGUUCGACGAGAACGACUGGUCCGACUGAGGCGGGGCGCACGCGCAGCGGCCGGUUGCCGGCGGGAGACCGGGCGUCGGAAGGCGUGUCGCAGAUUUUCAGUGCCCUCCACCCCCACAUAGUGGUAUUAUAACCCCGUAGCUUAGCAACUUUUGUAUUAAUAACGUGAGAUCGCUUUUGCACAUCCGAAACUUCUGGGUUUUUUCAGUAUUUACUGUGUAAUACUUAAGUACCACCGAACAUAGCGGACCGUGCUGCCCAUGAGGAAAUAUGCCGUAACUAUUGCAUUAUCCCGAAAACAGCAUUUUGCUUCCUAUUUUCUUGGCCAUGAAAGUACUUAGUGCAGUCUGGGUUUCCUCUCCUUGGUCACUAUAAUCCUGCAGACUUGCCGUGUGUUUGUGAAGCUGCCUGGUGUUAGGUCGUUGCAAGGUUAAUGACCGUGUGUCAGACUGAUGUCUUCCAAUCAGUCCGUGAUCUUGUUUCACCUUUUCUUGGUUUUGUUUCUUUUUUUUUUUAAAAUGUGUUUCAGAAGAAGUUGGUUCUAGUGAGAAAGAUGUAACAAGGAAGGAGAAUCCAGUGUUUUCUGCUUUCGGUGUCUGGGCUUGGAAGUCCCCCCCUCCCCCCCCAGCCCCAUGUGAAUCGGAGCGAGUGUUCUGUUAGGUCAUUUCAUUUCCUUUGCAUGCUCUCAUGAAACGUGCGAUUGGAAGGGCCCUUUGCAGUCAGGGUUCCCUGUGGGCGUGCCCUUGGUCCCCGCUUGCGACAGCUGCCAGCGGAGGUUUGGGCAGCUACGCAGUGGGGAACAUGGGCAUCGGGGUUCUUCCUCGGUCAGGGGCCGUGGGGCGUGGCGCUGGAAACGUGUGACAGCCCUUAUGGCCUGGGCGCCAGCCAGCCAGCACAGACGCGGUGGUCCGGGACCCCCGGGCCUCAGGGAGGGCGCUUCCCAUGCUCGCAUUUCCUGGUGCCGUGGCCAGAUCAGGGAUCCAUCCCCGGGCGGGGCCGUGGCCCUGCUCCUCAAAGCACACGGUUCUCUUUUCUCACGUUGUCGUUGGCACAGUGAAUUCUCAGAAGUACCUCAUAGAUCAGGCCCGCGGCCGUACCGGGUCCCUGGCCCCCUCCUCGCCUUAGCCCUUCCCACUCUGCUUCCCACGCGACAAUACAGGAGAGCCCUGGGGUGCAGCUUGCCAAGGAAGGAAGACCGCCAGAAAACUUCCCGGUGGCCGCUUGUGUCUUAGGACUUAGGAUGAAGGAUCACCGCGUGUUCCGAAUAAACACAUGCCUCCAGGCUUUGAUUCUAGGUCCCACUGCACAGAUACACCGAGACGCUUUACUUAACUAGGGAUUCCGACCCGAAUACAGCAUUGCAAAUGGACUGCGGUUGUUCGUGACUCUCGGUCAUGACGAAGGGGUCUUUUUUAGCUCAAGGGAGAGAUGUCUGGUUCAAGGUACUCGUCUUUGCGGGACUAUGGCUGAGGGAUUUCUGGUACCAAGGAGGACUUUGGCUGCGCCCUCGCACCAGGUCUCUGUGUCCCCGAGCGGACAUGGACUUGGCUUGAGGGUGGUCACCCUACAGAGCCUCUACCUUGGGUUUCAAUCACAUCGAUUUGGCGACUCUGAAAAGCCUAACAUCUGCACCCCCUUCCCAAAACCGUGCUUCCUCUAUCAGAUUCCCUGAUAGUUCAGCUGGACUAGCUGUUUUGACCCAUGCUUCGCGAAGUUUCUGUUUCCUGGAGCUAGACAUCAUAAUUUUAUUGAGUAUAAGCUGUAGUUAGUAAUGAACUUUUAAAGUUCUCUCUUUGAUUUCUCUCCCUUUAUGUCAGCGUAAAGGCCUAUGGUGUUGGCAUUAUUCCCAAGACUUUUACCAUCUGUGGUCCUGUUUCGUCUCUAUUUCAGUAUUUUGUUCUUAUUGUUACUUUUGGAUUAGGAAUUACCUGUACAGUUUUAGAACUUCUAAUUUGGUAAUGCUUCUUUGUUUUCUUUUAAUGUCCCUUUGGUUCUCAGGACGAAGAGAACACAGGAAGCUACUAUCCAUGUCAGGAUUUCUUCUAUUUAUAUCUUAUUACAAUAAAAUUACUGGCACUUUA